AGCUUACAAUAUUUUCUUCGAUCCAUCGAGCGAAUUUGCGACCCGAACUAUUGUGCAACCCCAGAAGACAUCAUACACCUUCAACAAAGGACAAUAGGCCUUGAUCAAAACGAGGUUGUCUUCGGCGACUUGACCAUUGAUCUCGUCGAUACAGGCGGGCAGAAGUCCGAAAGGAGAAAAUGGAUUCACUGCUUUGACGGCGCUGACUUUGUCGUCUUCUGCGUUAACCUUGCAGGAUAUGAUUUAACACUUUGGGAGGAUCAUAAUGACAACCAGAUGCAAGACGCCUUAACCGUAUGGGAUUCACUGUGCCGAUCUAAAUGGCUCGGCUCCUCAACCUUCAUCCUACUAUUUAAUAAACGAGAUAUCUAUGAAGAGAAAAUACUUCAUUCAGAUAUUGCAACACACUUUCCUGUGAGAGUGUUACUUAUUGUACACGCCACGAACACUUGCUGA